CCCAUCUAUCCAACUCCACUCCAAAUCUUUUUAUUUUAGUGCCCAUUUAUACUCGCAAACUUUGUUAUAUAUAUUAUAUUAAUGUCAGCCAAAGCCUUACACAUACUCGACCUGCCGCUCAUUGUUGCCGAGCUAAUACUUCGAUACACAAUAUCGGAAAAAAUAAUUAAUAGAUUUAAAUAUUCACCGCUAGCUGUUUGUCGGGAGUGGAGGAAGCUGGCUAUAUGCAUGACCUAUCAAAAUGCAUUUUAUUACAGCAGUUGCCAUUGCCAAAACAAUUGUAUACACACGUAUUCAAAUAUUGACUUGAUUAAUGCAGGCAAUUACCAUCAACAUGUAGUUAAUAUACAUGUUUCUGUGAGCAACCAUAGGGGGUUUAGGCACUUAUUGGACAAUUACAAAACACUAUUUAAAGUCAGCAGUAUCAAAUGGGAUCGAGUGAAAGGGCUGUUGUUUCAUUUACAACCACUUGGCUCAUCACAUCCUGGCAUAGAAUUUAGCGAUGCAAAUGAUGAGCUGGUGCCACAGGCAUCCGAAAUGUGCGAUAAUCUGGUGCGAAUAAUGCCCAACAUCCAAAAACUAGAUUUAAGUACAAUAAAAAGCAACAGCCUUAUGACUCGUGUAUUGAAUAGCAAACUUGUCGGCGCCUAUUAUAAACAGUUGAGCCAAUUUCGUAGCUACUAUUUUGUGUCAUUCCCUCUGGAUACCCAAUUCACCAAUAUUACCAGCCUAUAUUUAUGCUUGACACCCACAGCCGAGCGACUACUUCCGAGUAUCAAUGCCGCAGCACUUUACAAAUUGCAGCUUAUGGAUGUGCCCUUGAGCUUUUCGUGGAAGUAUUUCCAGCACGAUUCAACAUCAACUACCAUUACGUUUACAAACCUGAGGAAACUAACGCUGAAUUUUACUAAAAUUUCUGAAGAUAAUGAUAUUUUGACAGACCUAAUCAGCAAUAUAGACAGCGCCUCCAAACCGUACACGGUGCAUUUUCCAAAGCUGAGAGCGCUCACACUAGAACAUGAGCCGGGAAUUUUGUUUAUAGCGGCAUCAUAUGUUUUCCCAAAAACCAUUGAAAAAGUUUGCAUCGCCCAUUCGUUCACCACAAUGGAUAUUCUCAGCAAGGCACAAAUUGAAUUUAUAAAUGACUUGAAUAUCGUUAUUGGAAAGGUUAAAAAAAGUUUCGAAGAUGUGUUUUACCAGUCUACAAAUCAUUUCUUUGGAAAGGCUAUCCAAACAAUUAAUAGUACUCUCAAUUUGAGAGAAAUAGAAUUUGCAUUGGAUAUGCAGCGCUUGGAUUGGUCGAGUCUUUCAAUUUUUCACUGGAAUGGCGUGUUUUAUUUUGAACAGAUUCCACUGUUAGUGUCUGGGUUGCCUGGACUACUUAAUCUCUACAUUAAUGAAGUAAGUUUUGAUGAUAUCCCACAAAACAGGUUCCAGCUGGUCGAUCCAGAAGUGCACAGUAAAGUGCAAACUGCGCCGUUAAGUGUAAAUUUGCAGUGGUUGGUUAUGUCCUCGUUCAGUGGUGAAGAAAGCUUGACCGAGGAUGUGAUAGCCAGUAUGCACUGCUUGAUUCUUCAGUUGCCGUCACUCAACUAUUUAAGUUUGGAUAAUGAUUCAGAUUGGCUGGAAAUGAACAAAUUUAUGUCUGUGUUUAAAGAGUGGUACCCACACUUGGAGAAAAUGAAGAUUGCGUAAGAAAAAUAUACUUUGUGUAUUUAUAAAUUCAAUAUAAUAACUCGUCUAGGCUCAUAGGUCCAUAAUUGGUCCUCUCACAAGGAGUGUUGUUUGGUACGCGUUCGGUGUUUUCUAAUUUUUCAUUUAAUUUGUUCCAAAAUAAUAUUCAAUUCUCA